UAUUUACAAUAGAGGGCUCAAAAUCUAGCUGAGAAUUUACACUUUACAUACAAAGAAAUAGAUAUACACACAUACACAAUGUUAAAACAAAAAAUACAGCAAUAAACAAAAGACAUCUCAUUACAUUUCAGGCUAAACCUACCUUCCUCAGACAUGAUAAAAAGUACAGGUUGUACAGUCCCACGGCUUUGACAAAUGCAUACAUAUCAGUAAAGAAUAAUGAAAUGUCACAAAGAAAAGCAGCUCUUCAAUUUAAUGUCCCAAGGCAAAUUCUACGUGAUAGAAUCACUGGCAAAAUAAGUCCAGAUUGUGUCACCACUGGAAGGGCACCUGUCUUUUCGCUUGAAGAGCAGGCACGCAUUGUGGAACAUGUGAAGUCCAUGGCUUCAUAUGGAUAUGGGUACACUAGACAAGAAGUUACAGAUCUAGCUACUGAUUUUGCCCACACAAUCAAAAUAAAACCAAGGAGUGAAGAAUUUACCUUGAGAUGGUUUGAGGGUUUCAUAAAAAGAUGGCCAGAACUUAGAGUUGUUAAACCUAGAAGUUUGGAGAUUCUUCGUGCAAAAUGUGGCUCCGUUGCUAAUGUUGAAAAAUACUUUGCAAGCUUAACGGAAGUCGUCCUAAAAUACAAUCUUCAAGAUAAACCACAUCUCAUAUUUAAUGUUGAUGAGAAGGGUAUAACACUGAAUCACAAACCACCUAAUGUUGUAUCUGGAAUUGAAUGUACCACAUCAUCAGUAACAUCUGGAAGGUCUAGUACUACCACCAUACUUGGAUGUGGCAGUGCCUCAGGAUUUGCUGUUCCUCCAUAUUUUGUAUUUGAAGGGAAAAGAUUGAAUAAUGAAUUAAUGAAAGGUGCAACACCUGGUGCUGUUGUAUCAGACUCAGGAUGGUCCAAUACCAACAUAUUCAGACAAUAUUUAACAGAUCAUUUUCUUAAAUACAUACCUGGUAGAAACAAUGACAACGUACUUCUUCUCCUCGACGGACAUAAAUCACAUGUAGCAGUUGAUAUAAUUGAAUGGGCACAGGAACAUCACAUCAUCAUUCACGUCUUACCAGCUCAUACCUCACAUAUUUUACAACCUUUGGAUGUUGGAUGUUAUGGGCCGUUGCAGCGUAUUUACGAUAAUGAAUGUCACAAAACCAUACGUAAAAACUCCUCAGUAAUAACCAAAUAUAAUAUAUGUGAACUAGCCUGCAAAGCAUACCAGAAAGCACUGUGCCCAGAAAACCUCCAGUCAGCAUUUAGAAAGACUGGAAUAUACCCCUUGGAUAAGACUGUCAUCAACCAAGAUCAACUGAAACCAGCAGAGGUAUUUACAAGAAAUGAGGAAUGUAAAGAAACUACAGAAACUACAGAUGAACCUAAAACAGAUGAGAUCCAAAACUUCUUUGCGGGACGAAUAAAUAAACUAAAAAAAAUGAAGUCCGAAAAUGACAAGAAAGAAAGAAAAACACUUGGAAAGAUUGUCUCUGGUAUGCCAAUAACUGAAAGUGAGGUAGCAGAAAAGGUUAAACAGCACGUUGAAAACCAAGGAAAAAAUAAACCAAGCAACCAGAGUUGUAAGAAAACUGGAAAACAAAAUAAAAAGAAUACGUCCACUUCUGCUUCAUCACUUACAUCAGGACCUAGCCACACUAAACUUGGACCUAGCAACAUAAUUAAUAAACCAGGACCUAGUCACAAGUCUCCAAAACCGGGACCUAGUCACAUAUACAUUGAUGAUUCCAUGGACUUCAGCGAUACAGACGAUGAAGACAUUCCAGAAGUCGAAUUAUGCUGUGUGUGUAAACAGUUUACCCCCAAUCAAAUUAGACUUGGGGUUGGUGUUGAACUUACCAAAUGGGUGCAGUGUGACAAUUAUAGGUGCAAGCACUGGACACAUCUGAAAUAUUGUACAGAAUUGAGGGCUGUGAGGAGAAAUACCAAGUUUUACUGCAUGCAUUGCAAGGACAUGGAAUAG